AUGGGUAUUAUAGGUUUAUCUAAGUUAAUUGCAGAUAUUGCACCGCAAGCUGUGAAAGAAAUGGAAAUCAAGAAUUAUUUUGGUAGAAAAGUGGCUAUUGAUGCCUCUAUGAGCUUAUACCAGUUCCUAAUUGCCGUAAGGAGUGAAGGUGCACAGCUCACCUCUGUUGAUGGCGAAACGACAUCACAUUUAAUGGGUACUUUCUAUAGGACGAUUCGUCUGGUAGACAAUGGCAUUAAACCAGUAUAUGUAUUUGAUGGUAAACCUCCUGAUAUGAAAUCCCAUCAAUUAAACAAAAGAGCAGAAAGAAGAGAAGAAGCUGAAAAAGAGCUCCAAAAAGCCACAGAAGCAGGCGAUAAAGCAUCAAUAGAAAAAUUUAAUCGUCGUCUGGUCAAAGUAACAAAACAGCAUGGGGAAGAGGCCCGUCAGCUACUAAAGUUGAUGGGAGUGCCUGUAGUAGAAGCCCCAUGUGAGGCUGAAGCUCAGUGUGCUGCUUUGGUAAAAGCUGGCAAAGUGUUUGCGGUGGCAACAGAAGAUAUGGACGCUUUGACGUUCGGUGCUAACAUACUUCUUCGACACUUGACCUUCUCAGAGGCUAGAAAAAUGCCAGUCCAAGAGUUCCAUCUGGACCAGGUGUUAAGUGGAUUGGAGUUAAAUCAUAAUGAGUUCAUAGACCUGUGUAUCCUGCUGGGAUGUGAUUACUGCGAGUCUAUCCGCGGUAUCGGGCCCAAGCGCGCCAUAGACCUGGUCAAGCAGCACCGCAGUAUAGAGGAAGUACUCCGUAACAUAGACACCAACAAGUACAGUCCCCCGGAGAACUGGGCAUAUGAGAAUGCUCGGAGACUGUUCUUGGAACCUGAAGUUGCUGAUGGAAAUGAUAUAGAGCUAAAAUGGACAGACCCAGACGAAGAGGGGCUGGUGAAGUUCCUCUGCGGGGACAAGCAAUUCAGCGAAGAACGCGUCCGAAACGGUGCCAAGAAGCUGAUGAAGGCGCGUUCCGGCUCCGUGCAGGGGAGGCUCGACGGGUUCUUUAAGGUGUUAUCAACAACGCCCAACCCGAAGCGAAAAGCGGAAGAUAAGAAGAAUAAUGCUAACAAAAAAGCUAAAACCGGCGGCGGCAGGGGACGGAAACCUAAG